UUUGUGAGCCUCUGACUUCGAAGCAUCAGCCGAGGAGAAUCUCCCACCCGCGCGCGAUCAUCCAGGGAAAGGAAACACCGCAGCGACUUCUCUCCCUCGCAGUAGGGAGUGUGAGCUCUGAAGAUCACCAUCUCGCAGUCAAGUGCUGGCCAAACACAUCACUGUGAUCCUCGUGCCGAUCCAUCACCUGAAGAUCAUCCCAGCUUUUUCGAGACGCUGCGCGGAAAAAAGAGGCCCGACCAUGGCAGUGAGCAUACGAUGGAGCGCGGCGGGCGUUGUGUGUCUACUGGCCAUCAUUCAGCCACUUCUUGCGCAAUACGACGACUUCCCCGGACCUUACUGUGCCGACUCCAGAUACGGCGGAUGUUGCAAUAGCCGCCAAGACACGUGCUCAGUUCCGAUUUCCACAACUCUUUGCUACUGCGACGAAUUCUGCAACCGAACGACGAAUGGCGAUUGCUGCCCAGACUACCAAAGAGUGUGUCUGGGCCUGGCGCCGGAACCUGUGCUCAGAUGCCACCACAAAGGCAACUACUUCACCCAAUUCGAUCCGCCACUCAAAGACAACUGCAAUCUCUGCCACUGCCAGCCGAAUGGGCAGACAAUCUGCGACAGAGACACUUGCCUCGUGGACGAGGAUCUGCUGCACUCUCUCAGCACUGCCUCAGACGCACUGGGCUGGCGAGCGACCAACUACACAGAGUUCUGGGGCAGGAAGUACUCAGACGGACUGGAUCUUCGCCUGGGCACCUUCGAGCCGACCUAUCCUGUGAAGGCCAUGACACGCUUAACCAGUCGUCGCGGCGAAGUUCCGCGAUCCUUCGACGCUCGCCAGCAGUGGCCAGGCUUCGUGUCUCACGUAGUCGACCAGGGCUGGUGUGGCUCAUCCUGGGCCGUCUCCACGACAUCCGUGGGCUCUGAUCGCUUCGCCAUUCUCUCCAAGGGUCGCGAGGUAAUUCAGUUGGCGCCACAACAGUUGCUGUCGUGCGUGAGGAAGCAGCGCGGCUGCAACGGAGGCCACCUGGACGUGGCCUGGAACUAUCUGAGGAGAAUUGGUGUGGCCAAUGAAGAGUGCUACCCUUACGAAGCAUCGCGGAACAAGUGCAAAGUUCAUCGAGGCGCCGAUUUGUCUUCCCUCCGGUGCCAAUUGCCGACGAAAGUGCCUCGCCAGCACUUCUAUCAAAUGGGUCCCGCGUACUCGCUCAACAACGAGACAGACAUCAUGGCUGAGAUCCAGCGAUCGGGUCCAGUUCAGGCUACCAUGCGCGUCUACAGGGACUUCUUCAGCUACUCUGGCGGAAUCUACAGGCACUCCCAGUCGCAUCACGCUGAGAAGAGUGGCUUCCACUCAGUGAGAAUCGUCGGAUGGGGAGAAGAGCAGGAUGGCUAUUCAGUCACGAAAUACUGGAUUGCCGCCAACUCCUGGGGCACUUGGUGGGGAGAAGACGGCUUCUUCCGCAUCCUUCGUGGCUCCAACGAGUCCGAAAUCGAAAACUACGUGCUCGCCUCAUGGGCAGAUGUGUUCACAAAACAGAAGGUCUCGCGCGUGGCGCAGUCUUUUGCCCGUCGUCGCUUCUAGUGUGUUCUCAAAAUCCAUCAAACCCGAUUCUCUUGCUUUAUGCACCGAAAUAUUCACUAUUUCACGAACGCGCAAUCAUGCAAUUUGAGCGAAUUUAAUCAUAUCUGUAUUGCCUCCGCGAAGGAGCGUCGUAGAGUGUAUAAAAAAUCUUCAUUUCUUCACUAUAAGAAUUAUUAUUUAUACGUAGAGCGAAAUGUUCAACGAGAUAUUUUUUAAAUUGAGGAUUUUGCGUCCUAUUCGCUUACGUAUGCAUCUGUGUUAUUUAUAGAUUUUUUUCGUGUAAUUUAAAUAGAGAGAGAGAGAAGGAGCAAAAUACAUUAUGUACCAUAUUUUGUAAUUUUUACUACAUAAAAACAGGUGUUCGUGUCAGAAUUGUCAUAAGAUUCGAAAUCUUGGAAAUCAAUGCCAGUUUGCGAUAUCAGAUGAUUCUACUGAUAUGGAGCAUCACCAUAAAAUAGUGUAUUAUAACACACGUCUUUUAGAUUUUUAAUAAACUCUGUUCUUUUGA